CAACUGACAGGUGUCAGACGUUUGCUUUCGUCGACGUUUCUUGAGCUCGCGCGGAGCGUUCGAGACGAGUGUGUCGUGUCGUAGGUGCGGGAAGUAUUUCGCUUCUUUCACUAGUUGCGGUUCUUAAUCCGGUCGCUGGCCGAGAAAGUUGUUACGGUCACCAGUCGGUGAAUGAAAGUGCAAUCGAGCCCAUUUGGAGGUGUUGAGCGUGGAACUGAAAGUAGCGGAAUCGCAAGGAAGUCGGUGGUCGCGAGCAGGUUUCUCGUAUUUUAGUUUCGUUUCGUUGGAAAUUUGAGGAGUUUCCAGGCAGGAUGGCAAUCAAACCAGGAAUCGGACGCAAGUCCAACAAAAACCCACCGAUUUUAAGUCACGAAUUCGUGAUACAGAAUCAUGCCGACAUCGUAUCCUGUGUGGCGAUGGUUUUUGUUGUCGGCUUGAUGUUGCAGGCCACGAGUUCAAUUGCCAGCGUUUUCAUUUCCCUCCACCACAACGUCAGUGGGGCUGACCCCAGUCAUGAAAACCCCAGAGGGGAGCCCUACUUCUACCAGCAAGGCAUCAAGGACUAUUGUGCAAUUUUCUUCUACACGCUCAUCUGCAUUAUUAUGCAUGCCAUAUUGCAGGAGUACGUUUUGGACAAAAUCUCCAAAAAGCUCCACCUCUCCAAAUUCAAGCUGAAUCGUUUCAACGAAUCCGGACAACUGGUCGUCUUCUACGCCAUGUCAUUCUUGUGGGGCAUUCAAGUGAUCAUCCGUGAAGCGUACAUUCCUCACUAUUCCAGUCUUUGGGAAGGAUUCCCCGACCAUCCGAUGAGCUUCCUGCACAAAAUGUUCUACAUUGUCCAGCUCUCCUACUAUCUGCACAUGCUUCCCGAGUUGUAUUUCCAGAGGGUGAAACAGGAAGAUCAACAGCCAAAGAUCAUCCAUGCUAUCGUCGGUUUCUCCCUUGUUGCGGCUGCCUAUUUCUUGAGCUUCCAACGCAUCGCUCUCAUCCUCCUCACCGUGCACUACUUGGGUGAAUUUAUCUCGCACACCUUCCAAUUGAUUGGAAUCUUCGACAAGGACGAGAAAUACUCAAAAUUGAACUUGCUCAACAGCGCAGUGUUCAUCUCUGUGCGCGGCGCAUCUGUGGCUCUUGCCGUUUUCACCCUCUACUAUGGCCUAACCAUUUCUGCAAAAUCCGCUCGGGGACUCAUUGCUCUCGCUGGUUUCGGUGCCGUGCAAGCUGCCUUGGUGUUUGCAUUCUUCGCAGAGGCCAUCCGUGCCCGACGUGAACGUGCGCCUGAAACCAAGCAACCAAGUCAGAAGAAGGUGAAACCUGCAAAGUCGGAAAAGCCGAAGAAGAAGAAGGAAAGCGACUUACCCGAAGCUGACCAGUCCCCCAAGCCAGUCCAAGGAAAAUUGAAAUCGAAAUAGGUCACACGAAAAAUGUUGAUGUUGGUUUCAUAAUGUAUUGAUGUUUUUAAUUUUUGUAUAAGUUUAUCGAAACGACUCGAUUUAGGUGUUCCGGUUCUGAUUUGACUUCACGAUUUGUGUUUGUCGAGAAGUUACACAAAAUACUAAGACUGAAGUGGCAUAGAAUUCUCUUUUAACUUUCGAAAGUAAACCAAGAAAACCAUAUCCGUUCCAGCAUCAAUUUAGGUGUAAUCCGCAUAAAACAAAACAUGGAACCAAAUCAGUUCGCAU